AAACGAGUUACACAUAUUAGUUAUGGAAACGGUGAUCAAUCUUGCACAGGGGCCUGUUGAGAUCCCCACAUAUCAUCAGGUGCCAGAGACAGCUCACGAAUUGGAUUGGGCCGACCUGGUCACUCUAGAUCUCUCUCAGUUUGAGGAACUAGGCGGUAAAGCUCGACUGGCAAAGCAGCUUCAAGAAGCUAUCCAAAAGAUUGGCUUCUUCUACAUUACGAACUUUAGUUUAAGCCAAGAGCAAGUAGAUCGCCAAUUCGCCAUCGGCAAAGAAGUUUUGCAGCUGUCUACAGAAGAGAAACUUAAAUAUCGAGCUAGAAUAGAGAAGGGAGGCUAUAGCGGCUAUAAGCCACUGGGCCUAAGAUUCAUACCUGCCUACGAGCGCCCACAGCCGGAAAUCAUCAACCAGAAUCGCCAUGAAAUCGAGACCUUUGCGCGACAUAUCCACGACCAUAUUGUUGGAAAACUCUUGAUCCUCUGCGCCAUUAUUUUAGAGCUACCAGAAAAUUAUUUUCUUAAUCAUCACCGCUACAAUGUAAAAUUGGAUUGUCAUUUGCGAUAUAUGAAAUACCAUCCACGUUUAGAAGAGGAAAACCAAGCCCUCGACAAUCUUUGGGUGAAAGGACAUACAGAUUUUGGGAGCUUCACGCUAUUGUUUCGGCAGCCUGUAUGUGCGCUUCAAGUACGGACUCCAGAAGGUAAUUGGCGCUGGGUUCGCCCGUAUCCAGAAAGUAUAACUGUAAAUCUAGCCGACUCGCUCGAGUUUUGGACGAAUGGGUUCUUGAAAAGCUCAAUUCAUAGGGUGGUCGCCCCUCCACCCGAUCAACGAGACCUAGAACGCCUAGGAGUCUUAUAUUUUGCAAGGCGGAAGAUAGUACAGAAUUGA